UCUAAACAAAUACACAUUCAGUCGAGUUUCAGAAUGAAAAAAUUGUCUUUAACUGAGGCAUUAACUGAUAAUGUGCUUGACAACGGUUCUCAAGAUUGGCUCCUACAUGCUCGAUAUGUGAGAGGGGAGCACGCUCAAUGCCUUGACCUGGCUGAUGAUUUGCAGAAAAAAAACGACAAUAAACACAUAUAUGCGUUCUACAUAAAGGGUUCAGUGCUAGCAGACGCAGGUCGGAUACAAGAAGCAUUAGAAAAGUUUCACAGCUGUCUACGACUGCAGCCCAGAGAUCCAGAGCCCUUGAAACAAGUCGCUAAAUGCCUUUACAAACAAGGCCGUUACCAGCUUUCAUACGAGGCUUAUUUGGAAGCUGAUAAACUCAGCCAACAUCCCGACGCCGAUAUCUAUUGUGCUUUAGCUGAAUGUCUCUGGAAUUUGGGUGAUGUGGACCACGGCGUGGAGUGGGCUCGAUCCGCGGUGCAAGCUGGAGGCGGCGAGCGGGCAAGCUCUUUGCUAGCGAAAAUGUUACUCGCCACUAACAACGUGAACGGAGCUUUAGCAGCUUAUGACGAAGCGCUUUCCGCACACGCAUGCGGUGCGGACACUAUGGCCGCAGCAGGGGCUCUGAGACUUCGAGCAGGUGAUCCCCGUCGUGCGUUCCAACUACUAGGGGCAGCUCUAGCUCAACAACCGUCUCACCACGCCGCGGCACUGGCCCUCGCCGCCAUGAUGCUGCAGCACAAAGACAUUGAUGCGUCUUUAGCAAGGUUAAAGACUGCAUUGACAGCACACCCGGAAUGCGUGGCGGCACAUACUAACUUGGGACUCGCUUUGAUUGCGAAGAAGAAAUUUGUUGCCGCAUUGACAUGUCUUCAGCGGGCGGUUUGGGCCGCGCCAUUAAACGGUCGCGCGGCUCAUGACUUGGGCCUAGCUUUGUUGGUUUGUAAGAGACCCACCUCAGCAUUUUGCAGAUUGGCUGCGGCAGCUGCCCUACAACCAUCUCAACCUUACACCGUUCUGCUAAUAGCUAUUGCUCUCGAGCGACUGGAUGACAGCAGAUCGGAUGCUGCUUACGCCCGGGCGGUAAGGUUGUCACCUCAAGAUCCUCUCAUUCGGAUGAACAUGGCCGGCAGACAUGCGAGAACAGGACGCCUGUCUCAAGCUCUGGAAGAGGCAGAGAUUGUUGGUGAACUCCUGCGGGGAGAUGAAACGCCUGACCCUCAUUUGUCAAGUUCUCUGGCGUCACUCCUGGCAGCGUUGCACUAUGCAGGGGCGCAGCUGUCAGAGUCAACAUCAAGCUUGCCAGAUGCAGAUUCAGCCCUGUCUGCAAACUCUCCCGCAUCAGAUGACGUCAAUAUGGGCCCUGAUGAGGUUUAGAAAAACUCCGAAAUGUUUCGUCUCGACUCUAGUUAAUUUUUGGGAAGUCUACAAUUUCUAUGCUUAACGAUUUCAUAUUGUGUACUUGGAAUAAUGUAAAAUAAUGUAAUUGACGUCGUUAUCAGUAACAGUAUCGAAAAACAUAAAAUAUUUUGUUAUUUC